ACGAACACCAAAAUUGCAUUCCCUUCGACGAGUUGCAUUGCGAUGUACUACUAUGGCACUUUGACAAUGAACCCCUAAAACAUUGUUCAAGACGCUUGCAAGAGCCAUAAAGGACAGUUCGACAGAGGGGAAGGAAGGCCAUCGCCCACGGAAAGGUUAACUAAUAUGCUUCCUUCACCGGAACAAACCUGGUCGCAUGGUACUGUAUCGAGGGAUCGCUUGGAGACGGCGUUGUCACAUCCAGAUAUUACAGCCAUUGAAAUCGACAUCCUUAUGGGCUAUGACACAACCCAACCACAGGAAUCUCGUCCUUACCAAGCAAUGGCUUGCCAUCCUCCCCAAAAGGAGAGUGACCUUUCUGUAGCUGUCUUCUGGGAUCGCGUUUUGUGCAAGCAGCACGGCUCUCCGCUUCGCCACGUCAAACUCGAUUUCAAGGACUUGGAUUCUGUACGGCCAACACUAGCGUCUCUUCGAGACCAUCUUUCACAAAGAACAAGCCGCGCUUUCCGAACCUCAGCGACAACCAUAUUUUUAAAUGCGGAUAUUUUCCCUGGUCCCGGUUUCCGGGGCAAGAAUGCGCAUCUACACGCAAAGUCUUUUCUGGAGCUCUGCGCACAAGAAGUAUGUAGUUUGACGAACCCUAUGGCUUUUUCAUUUGGUUUUAAAGUCGACUACAGAAUUCUCGAGCCGUACAGCACUAUUGAUAGCGAUGCACUGGCAACGUUAACUCGAUCGCUGAGCUCCACCCUUCCUCAACUUGGUUAG